AUGCUGUCGUACUUUAGACGGUUCAUGUCUCAAACGAAGCUCAACUCGGAGCCGAUCCACUGGUUCCAGAGCGUGCCGGCAGCCCCCACCGACCCGAUCCUCGGCGUUACUGAGGCGUUCAAGAGCGAUCCUAAUCCGGCGAAAAUCAAUUUGGGCGUCGGCGCCUAUCGAGAUGACGCGGUGAGUUUGAACCAAUGAGAAUUUCUGACAAUUUAUCAAUUUCAGGGCAAACCAUUCGUGCUCCGUUCGGUCCGUGAAGCGGAGCGUCAGCUGGUCGAAGCCCAGCUCGACAAGGAGUACUCCACGAUCACCGGAAUCCCCGAGUUCUCGCCGUUGGCCGCGAAACUCGCGUUCGGCGACGAUUCGAAAGUGAUCCGCGACGGAAGAGUCUUCACGACUCAAUCGAUCUCCGGUACCGGAGCGCUGCGAGUCGGCGGACAGUUCGUCGCCAAGUUCAUCCCAUCCAACACGCUCUACUAUCCGACGCCGACGUGGGCUAACCAUCUGCCGGUGUUCACCAACUCUGGCCUGAACAUUCUGCCGUACCGCUACUACGACAAGGCGACGCUCGGAUUCGACGUCGCCGGGGCUCUCGAGGACAUAUCCAGAAUGCCCGAGGGAUCCAUAAUACUAUUGCACGCGUGUGCACACAAUCCGACCGGAGUUGAUCCAAGUGUUAGUUGGAAUUGGUUCAUUUUUCCGGUUUUUUUUCAAUGAAAAUCUCUUUCAGAAAGAUCAGUGGAAAGAGUUGUCGCGUGUGAUCAAAGACCGUAAAAUUCUGCCGUUCUUCGACAUGGCCUACCAGGGAUUCGCGUCCGGCGACAUUCACGAGGACGCGUUCGCCCUCCGCUAUUUCGUCGAGCAAGGACACAACGUCAUCGUGGCGCAGUCGUUCGCCAAGAAUAUGGGACUGUACGGAGAGCGCGUGGGCGCCCUUUCGGUUGUGUGCGAUUCGAAGGAAGAAGCAGGACGUGUCGGCAGUCAGAUUAAGAUUAUCAUCCGGCCGAUGAUCUCGAUGCCGCCCCUUCACGGAGCACGCAUCGCUUCUCGAAUUCUCCAGGAUCCACAGCUCAAACAGUCUUGGUAAACUAGAAUUUAUGAGAAAUUUUAGACAAUAAUUGAUCCUUCAGGCUGGAGGACGUGAAAAUGAUGGCGGACCGCAUCAAAUCGAUGCGUACGGCGCUGAAAGAAGGCCUGAAAGCGGAAGGAUCGACGCGCAACUGGGAGCACAUCACCAACCAGAUCGGCAUGUUCUGCUACACAGGCAUCUCGACGGAGCAAGUGCAGAAGCUGAUCCAGGAGCACUCGGUGUACCUGACGAACGACGGACGCAUCUCCAUCUCGGGCAUCAACACGAAAAACGUCGCCUAUCUGGCGAAGGCGCUUCACGAAGUCACCAAGUGAUCGGAUUGGAGUAAAGUCAUACAUGUCUCUUUUUUGUUGCUCUCAGAAUCCGGUUUUUCAUAGAAUUUGUCGGUUUUUCUGCGGGUUUUCCAAAUGGGUGGGUUAUUGCUUAUUCAGCGCUAAUGAAAGUUUUUUUUUAAUUCUGGAAUUUGUAUAAUUAAUGGAUGGGUUUACCACCCUCUAAUCUUUGUUGACAAUUGUAUUCUUUUGAUGAGGUAAGCACUGAUUAACGGUUUGAAAACAAGAAAACAAUAAUAUUUUCGACAAAAGUUGGAAAUAUACUUCGGACUUUAAAAAACCUGUUAUACGGUCCAGUGUUAUCCAGUUUUUCCUCGGAUUUCCAUUUAAGAUUCCGUAGAAAUUUUCCCGGAAAAGAUUGUAAUCUGCUUACACUUUUCAAAUCACAGAAAUUGUACACUUUAUUUCAUUCGUUUUUCGUGCUUUCCACGUUUCCGUGUGCGUCUCAAAUCAGUCAAUCAAUCUUCGUUUCCUCUCAAUUUCGCCCCUUUCUGUCGCUGUUCUUUCUCGUCGUCCGAAGUGGUGUGAUCAUCAAACACGGAAUGAUAUCGAGUGUCCGUCCCCUUAUCAAUUUGACAACAAUUUUUGCUGAUAACACUCUUGUGUACUCUCCGCCAAUCUCCUAUUUAUUUCCCCGUCGCACUCCGCUCAUUCGAUUCAACUUUACAACCUAUUUUUCUCUUUCCAAACAAAUCAUUUUUUUCAGGUUCGACCCUAUCCACUCAAUAAUGACUCUUACUGUAAGAAAUUUAGUAAUUCAAUUUAUCAUAAAACAUCUAUAAUAAUUUGCAGUUCGACGCCGCCGCCGCGACAGUGAAAACGCUGAAGACGUCGCCGAACAACGACGAGCUGCUCAAGCUUUACGCGCUUUUCAAGCAGGGAACUGUCGGAGACAACACCACCGAGAAGCCGGGAAUGUUCGAUCUGAAGGGAAAGGCCAAGUGGGGCGCGUGGGAUGAGAAGAAGGGUAACUUAAAUUACAGCAACUUUCUAGAAGAAAUGAUAAAAUUUCCAGGAACUUCGAAAGAAGCCGCGCAAGCCGCAUACGUUGCCCUCGUCGAGGAGCUCAUCGCCAAGUACGGAGCCUAA